AUGCACUGGCCAACCAACCUGCCUGUCCCAACAAAUCCCGCUACCGUCACUGCUAGCCAACAGUUAGAUGGCUCCCUCAAGGAGUCCCCAUUAUACCUGCUGCCGGUACACUCCUUGGAGCACCAAGUUGCCGCUAGCCAACUGUUAGGUGGCUCCCUCAAGGAGCCCCCAUUAUACCCACUGCCGGUACGCUCCUCGGAGUGCCAAGUUACCGUUAGCAUGACACCACACCCGCUGCCAGUACGCUCCUCGGAGCACCAAGUUACCGUUGGUACACCCAGUCUCAGAUCUCCUCCUGCUCUCCCUUCAACAGCUAUGCAGCCACUCCUGUCCGUGAGCAGAACGGCUCAGGUCAGAAAACCAAAGGCUACCAAGAAGACAACAAAGGUAAAGUCCGCAGUGGCCAAGGACUCCGCUAGUGAAACCGAAGAUUUCGAAGAUACUCCCCAUGAGGAUUGUCCAUUUGAGGCUGCAGCUAGCCUUGAUGACAUUGAUGUCGGCUUGGCAGCCAAUACUGAAUUUCCCAUGGAACUUGAUGGCGAGCCACUGACUGCUGCUGAGCUUGCGGCUGUUGAUCUAGCAGUCAACGAGUUCUCAAGGAAGGUGUGGACUCUCACAGCUGAAGCGGAUACCACAUUUGUGGAGGAGUUUGGGAUCAAAUGCACUGAUGCCGAGCACAAGAGCGCAUCACGAAUUAUGGACAUUCCCUCCAAGCUCGCUUCAAAAGUGAAUCAUUCGAUUCAGCUACUUGAGGGGCUUGAGCAUAUUAUCCUGGGUUUAAAGGGACAAAUUGAAUCCUCAGCACGACGUCUCAUCACUAAAGUCCCAACACGGUGGGGGUCGGAAUACAACUGUCUUGCCUGGCACCAAAUGCUCAAGGAUGCAAUUGAUGAUUUUACGUCUGUGCCACAGCAUGGUUGUGAAGCUUAUCAUCUCUCACCGAUGGACUGGGAUCAGCUUAACGGGUUAAAGAAUAUACUUAAUUUGUUUGAUGCCCUCAUCAAAAAAUUCGACGCAUCUACUACAUUUGAGGUAGCGGAAAUUUACGAAGCUUUUGAAGAACUUGAAGUGUCACUUGACAAAGCUCGCAAUGAUGUCAACUUGGAUAAGGUUGUGCGAAUUGGCGCAAAUCGUGCCCUAUUCAUACUUGGAAAGUAUUACAACAAGCUUGAUGAAUGUGAAGUCAUCAGCAAAAGUCCGUUAUGCUCCGGAGCAUCAAGAGUGGCUGGAGCAUGUGGGAGACAAAACAGCAGAUUGGGCACUCCUGGAGCCAAUAGUGUUCUCCUGGGAGGGGGUUCAGGAGCAGCUGGGAGUGGUGAGGAGUAUGUAAUGUGCCAGGAGCAGUGGGAGGAAAAUUUUGGUCUCUAA